AAACAAGCUCGAUUUCAAUACUGCAAAUUCAGCUGUGUAACCUGUUCUAUGUUAUGAUUAUAUUAAAGGGGUUUUUUAUUUUAUAAAACCAUUUAUUUUUUAAUUCUUCUUAUUCUUUAGAGCACCAUGAAAAUUAUACUUGCUACAGUUAUAUGCCUAUGUAUCCUUGAGAUGGCACUCGUGGACGGGUGGAGACGUCGAAGACGACGACGUCGCCGAACAUGCUGUGCUGUGGAUUGUGCGUGGGGUAACUGGCAAGAAUGGGGUGCCUGCUCUGUAACCUGUGGGAAUAACGGUGUAGAAACAAGGGUACGAACCGUGGUUAGAUCUGCGUCUUGUGGAGGUGCAGCGUGUACUGGUCCGAGUCAGGAACAGAGAGUCUGUUCGCCUGGAUGUAUUCGUGGAAAGCUAUGCAAGGAAGUUGUGCAAAUUGCCCUUUCCCAUACACCGGCAACUGCUGCGAACAGUUUAUUGAAGUUGACCCUUGCACGACACAUAUAGAGCUGAGUCAACCCUGGCGAAGUAUUAACUAUCCCCCAGAGCAAGACAAUUCUUAUCACUAUGCCAACCUGCUCAAUUAUUGGUACCGUUUCGUCGGUAAGGGCGGCAGCGACAUGCCGACCAUGUGCGUGAAAGCCAAAAGCUGUGGCGUUCUGAAACCCAUUUGGAUGUCUGGUGAUCAUUCUACUUCUGAAGAAGGCACUGUAAGCAGGAGCGUAUGUACCAGCGUAAGUGACAACGGAGUAGACAACUGUUGCAUCCGCACGAACACAAUUGAGGUAACGAACUGUACCAACUUUUAUGUCUACAAACUGUUUCAGCCUCAGGAUUGCGACGAAGGCUUUUGCGCAG